AUGCCCUGCGGCCCUCCUGAUGGGGAGAUUGUCACUAUAAAGGCGGAGCACAAGCUUGAUCUGCCAGACCAGGAUAUCCUGAUGCUGCAGUUUCUGCUGAUCACGGGCUGGGCUAUGGCCGCAGGGCGAGAGCCUAAACACUUCAAUUUCGGUAUUGAUUGCGAUACAGACCGUUUCUGGGAAGCUCGACGCAAAAGCGCGAAGAGCUAUUUCGAGACGCUUGAGGACAAGGCAUCGACGAUGGAAGACAUCUAUGAACUCCUCCAAUCCUGUUUAAAGGAGGUCAAUCGGAACGACGCAGUAUUCCACGCAUCUCUGUGGUGUGUCCUCUACCAAACGGACUCUGACCAGCUUGGUGGAGUAUGCGACGAGCUGCGAGAGCUCUGGCGUUGUAAGGAUACAAAGGAAAUCUCAUUUUACAUGGGACAUUUUGAAACAGCCUCCAUUGCCUUCGAACGAUCGCUUCACAUCUUUCAUAAGGCACAUGACCUUUACGAAAGUCUCAAUGGGGAUGAGAAGAAGAAGCUCUGUGAUCCCAAUGCGGUACGGGAUGCCCUGAACCGCGACGACGGGAGAGUCCACGACAAGGUACAGUCCCGUAAUAACAUCCUUGGCACAACUCGCAACGUCCUCUCCUUGAAUACCCAAAUGCGUCAGUACUGGGCAAACGGCCGCUUCUCUCUGGAGCCCUGGGGUGAACCCUAUCAAGAGACGACAGAAAGACGUCGGACGGGGACUGGCGGUUUCUGGUGCCAGGAAGUGCGCUUCCACUGGAUGAGACAGACCAAGAUCAACAUGGAAGAGAAAUGGGACGGGAGAGGCCAGAGUCUCCGCGACUUGCUUCCCCCGCACCUUGGCAGAUACGACCAUUGGAGCGUCAAGACGGGUCGUUUGAUUCAAGACGGCGAAGUGAUCGCUAUCAAAGCCAAGAACCGACUUGACCUCCCCGACCGCGACUUUCUGGAGAUCCAGCAUCGUCUCAUCUCGGCUUGGUCAAUGGCGGCAGGGUUUGAGCCGAAGAACUUCACAUUCGAGGACGAGGGUCCAAAACAGCCGCGGGGAUAA